GUCUGGAGUUUACGUCAUCGGUGGCACGGGGUACCGCGCGCCUGAGUCCCGUUUGAAAAGGGAAAACAUGAAAUUCGUUUACUCGGAGCCGUAUAAACAGGCAGAGAGAGCUUGUGCUUGUAUCGCAACCGGCGAUGCCACCAGCACACCGGCGUUAAAACCAAGGGCGACUCGCUGAGUGAAUUAACGUGUGUUGGCCUGUUCAUAACGGGGAUGCUUUGUGAAUAUAAAGUCUCCCAUUAAACCAAGCCCCGUGGUUAAAACACCACAAACCGCUAAUGUUGGGUAGCUAUCGUAGCUACGGUAAGUACGUUUACAACGAUAUGGAAUAAUACUUGUAAACAACAAUCGCAUGCGGAGUGUUCAGCCAAUGGGAGACCUCAUCGGUGAAGCGUACUGCAACGUGAUUGGUCAGCUCGUAGACGCACGUUUCAUUUUGAGCCAACGUUAAUCAGGGACCGUGGAUGGUAAAACUCAAUCCACCACUGUAAAAAUGUGGGCUAUCUUACCAACAGCCAAAUGGUCUAUUCUUUUAAUAUUUAACUUAUGUGAGGGUUCACGGUGUUACAGCAGGUCCAGGUGUGGACUGUGACUUUGAGCUCCACGUUGAUAGUCAGAUAGUACACGUAGUCCUGCUACAGUCACCUGGAAAUCAGCAUGGCUUCCCAAAAGUCAGACACUGCAAUGUCUCCAAAGAUCACAGGAGAGCUGCUCAGGCAGCUUCGCCAGGCGAUGAAAAAUUGCAAAUUCUACUCGGAGCCCAUACAGGCUUACAUCGUCCCUUCCGGAGAUGCACACCAGAGUGAAUACGUUGCACCGUGUGACUGCAGGCGUGAGUUUAUCUGUGGAUUUAAUGGGUCUGCAGGUACAGCUAUUGUUACAGAGCAGCACGCCGCGAUGUGGACUGAUGGCCGAUAUUUCCUCCAGGCCAGUCAGCAGAUGGACAACAACUGGACUCUGAUGAAGAUGGGACUGAAGGAGACACCCUCUCCAGAGGACUGGCUGAGCAGCAUCCUACCAGAGAACUCCAUAGUGGGAGUCGAUCCCUGGAUCAUCGCCGCUGAUCAGUGGAAGAACAUGUCUAGGGAGCUGACUAGUGCAGGCCACUCCCUGGUGGCGGUGCAGGAUAACCUGAUCGACGCGGUCUGGAUGGACCGGCCGGAAAGACCCAGCACACAGCUCCGCACCUUGGGCCUAGAGUACACCGGUAUUUCCUGGCAGGACAAGAUCACAGCACUGCGAGGCAAGAUGUCAAAGAGAAAAUUCACCUGGUUCGUUGCCACGGCGUUGGAUGAGAUCGCAUGGCUUUUUAACCUCCGUGGUGCGGACAUCGAGUACAACCCUGUUUUCUUUGCAUAUGCGAUUGUGGGUGUGAACACGAUAAGGCUUUUUGUGGACCUGAAGCGUCUGUCUGCUCCCGCAGUGAGAGAACACCUGCAGCUGGACUCCCCUAGCAAGCCUGAGCUGAGCAUCCGUACGCUCCCCUACGAAUCCGUCUACACGGAGCUCCAGGCUAUCUGCGCCGCACUAAACCCCAAGGACAAAGUGUGGAUCUGCGACAAGGCCAGUUGUGCUCUCACACAAGUCAUCCCCAAGGCCAACGGGUCUCCGAUUCCCUACACUUCACUCUGCCUCGCCAAGGCAGUGAAGAACGCAACUGAGAUUCAAGGCAUGAAAGUGGCCCAUAUCAAGGAUGCCGUUGCUCUUUGUGAACUCUUUGCUUGGUUGGAAAAAGAGAUUCCUAAAGGCGGUGUGACGGAGAUCUCUGCUGCCGAUAAGGCAGAAGACUUACGCAGUCAACAGAAGGAUUUUGUUGGCCUCAGUUUUCCCACAAUUUCCAGCGUCGGUCCAAACGGAGCAAUCAUACAUUACAGACCUUUGCCUGAAACCAACAGAACCCUCUCCGUGAACGAAGUUUACCUGAUCGACUCUGGAGCUCAAUAUGUUGAUGGAACUACAGACGUCACACGCACCAUGCACUUUGGGACACCAUCAGCUUAUGAGAAGGAAUGCUUUACCUAUGUACUGAAGGGACACAUAGCUGUCAGCGCUGCGGUUUUCCCCAACGGAACCAAAGGCCACCUGUUGGACUCAUUUGCCCGUGCGGCUCUGUGGGAGUCGGGGCUGGACUACCUUCACGGUACGGGCCACGGCGUGGGCUGCUUCCUCAACGUCCACGAGGGGCCGUGCGGCAUCAGCUACAAGACAUUUGACGACGAGCCUCUGGAGGCCGGCAUGAUCGUCAGUGAUGAACCUGGGUACUAUGAAGACGGAUGUUUUGGCAUUCGCAUUGAAAAUGUGGUCCUUGUUGUGCCAUCCGAGACCAAAUACAACUACAGAAACCGAGGCAGUCUGACCUUCGAGCCGCUCACUCUGGUUCCCAUCCAAGUCAAGAUGAUGAGCACAGAGCUGCUCACUCAGAAGGAGCGUGACUGGGUGAACGAGUACAACAGGAAAUGCCGGGACGUGAUUGGAGCAGAGAUGCAGAGGCAGGGCAGGAAGGAGGCGCUGGAUUGGCUGAUCAGAGAGACCCAGCCAAUCGUCUGAAGGACAGACUCCAGUGCAACCCGUUCCUCCGCCCAGGAGUUCAGUGCGAUCAAUUUCUCUACAUCGAUAAUCGUGUUUUUCAGUGUCUCACGGUUGACUUCUUUUGUGAACCAUAUUGUAUUCCCAGUUUUAUUAAAAAUCAAUUUAACAAUCAAGAAAUAACUUAAUGACUUUGUGUUGCUAAUGAAUCAGGAAGGACGAGCAAAAUCCAAAUGAGGAGGUCACUGAGGGACGAGAGAUGAAGGAAAAUGUAACACAGAAUAAUAAAGCGAAGGGAAAAAGAGGGGAAAGAUAAGCAGGAGAAGAUCAAAAAUGUUACUCUAGACAAACCUACAAUACCAAAUCCCCACCAACCUAACGCUAUGGAGGGCAAUCUGAACCCCACAUCUCCUUGUGGGCUACGACAUCCCCUCGAGGAUCCUGAACCUCCAGCAGCUCAGGAAAAGAGCAGUGAAGAAGCGGUAAAGAAGUAGAAGCAGGAGACGAGACCGACCCCCUCUGCUCCUAAAGUGCUUCCUGCUUCCACUCUCAGGAGCACUGUUAGGGCUUUUGAGAUGACCGACGUUUCCUGGAUGUAACUUUUGGUUCAAACAAGAUAAUCGGACAAAGCACCAAAACUCUUAAUCUGGUCAGGGGUCGUGUGAUUGCGGCAUAGCUGACCCUAUUCUCUCACACGCUCACCUACCUGUCCAUAUGCAGAUGAGCCCAGUCACGGGCCACGUUUGCGCCAAUCAGAAACUGGUCCGGAUAUCUCUCCCUCUCUCUCCAUCUUUCACAAUUUCUCUUGCGCUCUCUUCUCAUUCUUUGUUUAUGCCACCAGAAAAUUCAUAUAAUUAAAAUGUGCAAAUAAAGGAGGCUGUAGUUUAUCAGCAAAGGGCAA